AUGGCCUCCCCAUCUCCAUCCCCAAAGCCACCAACGCACAUCGCCCAAACCCUCCUCUCCCGCGCGUAUUCCCCCGACACAACAAACCAACACUUCACCGAGCGCAUAAAACAAAAACCGCUCUUCCUGCGCGCAACCUCCCCCUCGGCCUCGGACAAACGCUCCCGGCGGCGACAGCACCGCCUUCGCAAGAAAGAAUACUUCCUCCGACACCAGCGGCCACGCCCGCUCUCAGCGCGGGAGAAGCGCUCCUCGGGGAUCUACGACCUCCCGCGCGAAGAAUGCAAAUACGCACUUUUUCGCGGGCUGCAUGCGCUGUGGACGGGGUAUAUGCAGGAUCUUCUUGAUCUUAGAUCCACAACAAAGGCUGUGAACGCCACGGCACAUGGUAGUAAGCUUGUCAGUGCGGACUUCCACGGCGCCGAGGUGGAGGUUGUGAGGAGUGCCGCUGUUGGGAGGGUUGGGAUUAAGGGGAUUGUGGUGAGGGAUACGAAGUUUACUUUUGUGGUUGUUACUGAGAAGGAUGAAGUGAAGACUGUGCCCAAAGAACAAUCGAUCUUCCGCUUCACUGUGCCUUUGCCCGCACCUUCCGUCGAGUCGGCGGAGGGUGAAGCACGUACAGAGACUGCACCGAAUGACCAAAAUACUCCGAAGCCGCUGGUCUUUGAGCUCCAUGGCAGUCAAUUCCAGAAUCGGCCCGUCGAUCGGGCGAAUAAGAAGUUUAAGUGGAGGAAUGUCGAGUACCUUUGA